CAUAAAUUAGUAAUCUUUAAUCAUUUAUCACCUUUCAACAAUGUCUUAUCACUACAACCCAUCUUUUCUCUUGUUAUUAUUUGUCACUUUGUUUUUAACAAGCAACUACAUAAUUCAAAUAAACGCACGCCAUCUUCUUGAAGUAGUUGUGCCUGAGCUUCCUAAGCCUGAAUUGCCACAUUUACCUGAAAUCCCAAAUUUGCCUAAGCUUGAAUUCCCUGAAAUCCCAAAACCCGAGCUACCAAUUCUACCAAAGCCUGAAUUGCUAAAAAUUCCAAAGCCUGAAAUUCCAGCAUUGCCAAAACUCGAGAUGCCUGCUUUUCCUAAGCCUGAAUUGUCAACUUUGCCAAAGCCCGAAAUCCCUCAAGUGCCUAAAAAGCCUUGAACGUGAAGUUGUACGAAAUCCUCUUUGCUUCAUUGAAGCAAUAUUGUUAAAAUGUUACACUUUAUUAUGUUAUGCGAUCAUAUAUGUUUUUUCUUCUUUAUUGUGCUAGAAUCAUUGUGCUAUCAGUUAUUUGUGUUUCUUAUGGCGUUACAUGUAUAUUAUGUUUAUACACAAAAUCUUGAAUUGUGGUGA